CCAAAACAACAAGAAGCGUAAAACGCAAGGUGGGGCGGUGACUUCACUUCUGGGUGGCGGGGUGAGAGGGCGCGGCGUCAUGUGACCCCAAGAUGGCUGCGGGGCUGCGGCGGCCGUGAGGGAAGGCGGCCGAGCGGGGCCCGGCCAUGGCGGAGGCGUGAGGCAGCGGCGGGAGAAGGGGCUGCGGCGGGGCCUCCCGGGGCGGGGGACCGGAGGGGCCUCGCUGCUCCAUGUCGGUCCCUUCCUGAGGGAAAUAUGAUCAGCGCCCCUGACGUGGUGGCCUUCACCAGAGAGGAGGAGCUGGAGGAUGAGCUGUACAGCGAGCCGCCGCUGCCCGAGGAGUACUCGGUGCCACUCUUCCCCUUCGCCAGCCACGGGGCCAACCCCUGGGCCAAGGUCUCCAGCUCCAAGUUCCCCCGCGACUUCAUCCUCAUCUCUGAGUUCUCGGAGCAAGUGGGGCCCCAGCCCCUCCUGACCAUCCCCGAUGACGCCAAGGCGUCGGGCACUUUUGAUCUCAAUUAUUUUUCCCUCCGGAUCAUGUCUGUGGAUUACCAGGCUUCCUUCGUGGGGCACCCUCCUGGCUCUGCCUACCCGAAGCUGAACUUCGUGGAGGACUCCAAGGUGGUGCUGGGGGACUCGAAGGAGGGGGCCUUUGCGUACGUCCACCACUUGACUCUGUACGACCUCGAAGCCAGAGGUUUCGUGAGGCCCUUCUGCAUGGCCUAUAUUUCUGCCGACGAGCACAAAAUCAUGCAGCAGUUCCAGGAACUCUCCGCCGAGUUCUCCAAAGCCUCCGAAUGCCUAAAGACAGGGAACAGGAAAGCUUUUGCCAACGAACUGGAAAAGAAACUGAAAGAUCUCGACUACACCAGGACUGUCCUGCACAACGAAACCGAGAUACAGAAGAAAGCCAAUGACAAAGGGUAUUACACAACCCAAGCCAUCGAGAAGGCCAACGAGCUGGCCAGCGUGGAGAAGUCUAUCAUUGAGCACCAAGAUCUGCUGAAACAAAUCCGGUCGUAUCCCUACAGGAAGUUGAGGGAGUCUGAAUUCCACCCCUACGAGCCGGAGUGUGCGCUGGAUCGGGCCAAAGCAGCCUGUGAUCAGGACCUGACUACCUCCGACCCUGCUGAGCCCGGUGAAACGCACCUUUACGCCCACGUGCCAUCUUAUACCCCCAAGCUCAUCAAAGCCAAGUCUGCCAAAUGCUUUGACAAGAAGCUGAAGACGCUGGAGGAACUCUGCGAUGUUUAUUUUUUCACCCAAACCCUUGACCAGUUGCAGCAGAUCGAGAGGACUUUCAGAGGUGACGUGUGCUACCUCCUGACAGACCAGAUCAGCAGGGCGCUCUUAAAACAACAAAGUGUAACUAACUUCCUCUUCGAGGAUGUAUCUUUUCUGGAUGAAAAACCACCUGAAAAACAGUACAGAGGCUGCCAGGGGCUCAGCCACGAUGCUAUCGAUAGGAAGUGUUUGGAAGAGUUCCCCGCUCCUAAAGUGGUCGUCAGCCUGGGAGCCUACAAGUCCAGUGUGGAGUGUGUGCCCAUCAAGAUGGAGCAGGAAAUCGAGGACUCCCAAGAACCCAAAAUGACCGAGUCCGUCAUGUUUGAACACCAGGAGAACCUGGACUACCUCGAUGCAGAUAUUAAAGGCAGCAUCAGUAGCGGUGAGAGCAUCGAGGUUCUUGGAACGGAGAAGUCUGCGUCUGGCUUGACAAAAUCGGAGAGCCAGGCCAGUCUACCCGUCAGCCCCAGUCCCCAGGUGGGCAGGAGCAAGGUGGGCAGCCGGCGGACUGUCAGCGAGGACAGCAUCGAGGUUCUCAGCACGUGUCCCUCCGAGUCGCUCAUCCCAGAAGAUUUCAAAGCGAGCUACCCAAGUGCCAUUAACGAGGAACCUUACGUGGAUGAUGAAGAGGGAGGCCUUCGUUUCACCUCCAAGCUAAACCUGGACACCGCCGACGAGCAGGAAGACGCUUCAAAACAGGAAGAUUUGGUGCAGGUUGAUUCUGCCUGUUGCAUCGGGAAGGAGAGUCCCAACUUCCUCGAGCCCCUGCCUGAGCUGGGACAGAAGCCCUGCGACGAGGACGGGGUGGUCAGGAUCCCCCCGCAGCCGUACCGGCAGGCUGAGCAGGGGCUGCGCGGGAGCUUCGGGGGCUUCCCUUCCCACGACGGCAUCUCGGGGGGGCUCCUUCCCUACGAGUUUGACUCGCGCUACCUGACGGGCAGCAGGGAGGUCAGUAAGAGCAGCCUGGAUGAGUGCUCGGAUUCCACGAGCUAUAUCAGCAGCGCCGCUUCCACGUGCUCCGACAGGACCCCUUCUCCCGCUCACCCCGCCUGUCAGGCCAGUGAAAGGCACAAAAAAAAGGCCGGCCAGAACGCGCUGCGCUUCAUCAGGCAGUACCCCUUCGCUCACCCCGCCAUCUACUCCCUGCUCAGCGGGAGGACCCUGAUCGUGCUGGGGGAAGAGGAAGCCAUAGUCAAGAAGCUCGUGACGGCGCUCUCCAUCUUCGUGCCAAACUGCGGCGUUUAUGCCAAGCCCGUGAAGCACUGGGUCACUUCCCCUCUUCACGUUGUGGAUUUCCAGAAGUGGAAGCUCAUCGGGCUCCAGAGGAUGGUGUCACCUGCUGGGGUGAACGUCCUGCCCGCCCUGAGCCGAUACAGCCGGUACGUCAGCAUUCUGGACGCCGACAGUAAGACUCUCCGCUGCCCGCUCUACAAAGGCACCUUGGUGCCCCGGCUGGCAGACCACCGCACGCAGAUCAAACGAGGAAGCACCUACUAUAUGCACGUCCAAAGUAUCCUCACCCAGCUGUGUUCAAAAGCCUUCCUCUUCACCUUCUGCCAUCAUUUGCACCUUCCCAUCAGUGAAAGGGAGCCGGAGGAAUCCGUCGUGAAUCGCAGGAUGAACUUUCUGAAGCUUCAACUGGGCCUUGCCAAUGAAGAUGUCAAAAUUGUACAGUAUUUAGCUGAGCUGCUGAAGCUGCAGUACAUUCAGGAACCUGGCCAGGGGGUGAACCCUCUGCUCAGAUUUGACUAUGUUCCCAGCUUUUUGUACAAAAUCUAGCCUUGCGCGGGCUCUCUGCCUGCGUACUCAGAGUCUGACAAAGCUCAUCCGUGCUUGACAUUGACGCUGCCUGCAGUAGCUCUCAUACGUCAGGAAGGGGCGAAGAAGCCGAUGUGCUCACACGCGUCUCCGCCCCACAGAAACCGGUGUCCGAGGGGCCGGAUUUCUGUGUGGUUCCCUGUAGCCAAGAAUGUAGAUGCUCCAUCACAUAAAACACCAGGCACUCUGUUUUUUAAAUGUUAGGAGGGACACUGUCAACUUUUAGAACGUAUCACGGCAGCAUCCCAGGGGGAUUAUGGUGUGGAGAGAGAGGUGGGCUGUCUCGGGGAUCAAUACUUAUUAGUGUGCAGCCCCCAAAAUAACGUGGUGUUCCACACGCUUCUGCCAGAGCCCUAAAUGCUGUUGGUCCCUUCUGUGGAGCCAGAGUGGAGACCAGAGGGGGGAUGUAAAGGCCGCGUAAAGUUUUUUAAUCCACUAGAAUGUAGCUCAGAAGCUCCCUGGCAGGGUGGCAGCUUGCAGUUACCCAUCUGUGCGCCGCGGUAGCGGAUGGUUUGUCCCUUCCUGCAUUUUUCUGAGUUUCCAGGACAAGUUGUCCCUGGGUGAGUGGGAGCACAGUGGAAGUUCACGUGCUCCUCUCCAGAAAGCGUUUGGUGGUUUCUCUCAGCUUUGUUAAAAUCUGGAAUGUGGAAGGACUCCAUAACACCAGCGAGCACUGAGAUGCCCGCUGCUGUGAAUGUAGAGCACCGUGCCUUGUUAAUUUGUCACGUCUGAUUUGCUGGGCGACUUCUGAGAAGGAUGAGAGGGAGCCCAGGAAUCCUCAAAGCGUGUGAGGUAGAGUGUGGCUUUUUAAGGAGGGAGAACUGAACAAGAGUCGGGGGAGCCCUCAUUUUUAGGUGCUUUUUGUGAUGGAGAAACAAACAGUGCAAUUCAGCUGAAGCUACGCGGUGCGACAGCAGGCUGUUAGAGCGGGCUGCCUGGCUGGUGGGAUACUAGUGCUCAGGAGAGUUUGGGGAUGAAUGUUUUGGAUUCCACAUUGUAUCUGUAAUAGUUUCCCUUUUUUUUUUUUUUUUUUUCUUUUUUUUUUUUUUUGUCAGGGAGUUGACUUUUGAGCUUUGUGGUAAAGCAGGGUCGGCGUCGCUGCGUGCUGCUUCUGGCUGAGCCUUUGUCAUGUCUCGACUACCUCUCCCGGGGUGCUCCUGGGUAGCUCUGGACGGGGCAGAACUGCUGCUCUCUGAGCCUGGAUGCUGAGGACUUUCCUUUCAAAGCUUCUGUGCCGCUGCCUGUGCCAUAAAGGUUGUGCCACCGGUAUGGUGACACUCCCAGGUUGUUCCUGUCAGUGCCAAAGGCUUUGUGCCUGGGCACAGCGCUUCCCUCUGGAACCUUAGAAGAGAUGCUGCUCCUUGGCCAUCGGUCCUGGGCUGCUGUCUGCUCUGUCCAGUGCCACGUGGUACUUUUAAGCAAGAAAAGCCUUGCUAGGAAAGAUAGCCUUGGUUUUAUUUUUAGUACUCUUCUGAUUAUGGGUUGAGAACAGCUGCCAUUGUACAAGAUGAGCUGCUGCGUUAUUUAGUUUGGGUUUUGUUUUUUGUUUUGUUUUGGUUUGUUUUUUUAAGCCUCUGUUUAUUGUGACGACGUGAGGCAGUGCUGGAGAUGAAUGUGAUUUUCCUCCUGUGCCUGAGGAAGUUUCCGUGUAGGGACUGGGCUUUGUCAGCGUGGCUUAGACCCCACUGAAACUUGCUGUGAGAAAUGCGCUGUGCCGAAACCUGUGUCCCGAAGGCGGGGAGGCUCCUCGUGGAGGCUGUUGUCUGGCACCAGCAUCUGCGCUUCGGUACCACUGCUGCCUCUUUCUCUGCCCUGGAAAGGGCUCGCUGGGGAAGUGCGGGAGGUAUAAACCAUCAGGGCAGAGAGGCUAUUUUAAAUGUUAGUGUUGUUUUCUGGUGGUUUACAGUGAGGCCAGCUCAGCCGGGCAAGCGGAGCCCGUGGUACACUCCGGAGGGAUUUCCAAGGUCAGGGCUUGCUUGUGAUGGUGUUUUUAGGUCGCAGUUAGGAAGCAGCGUGGCGUUGCCUUCACCGAAGGUGAGCGGGGCGCCUGUGCGCGGGGCUGUGCGCCUUUAAAGCACGUUUAAAAGCCUUUUCCUUUCCUAACUCUGCCCUCCUGUCGCGCGUGGACUGGGUCUGCUGGUGAAAGACUUCUGCGUCCAUCGAAAACGCCUCCUUUCUGAAGUGACUCGAGGUGUCCCCUCGUCGAUCCGUGUGCACCCAAACGGCUUCCACGCUAAAGCUGAGGCGAGAUCCCCUGGGGGAAGAGGCAGCUCAGUAAAUGAGUGAUGCAGGUAGACGCAACCUCCCUGCGUCCUGCCUGACCCGCAGCUCUGGAGAAGCGCUCAGCACUGCAGCUCGUUUCCUGCCGGAACACAACCUGAUGCUGUUUGGGUUUGAGGAGGGAGGGAGAGAGGGAUGAGCUUUUUUUCCUGCUGACUCGCUUAACGUCUUCCUCCGGUCUGACAGCGCAGAGCCAGGGAGCGGGAUCGAUGAUUAGUGUUGGCUGAUCUCUUAGUCACAGUGGUCUCGACCUGUGGUGUUCAGCUCCACUCGUAAAUUGAUAAAUAACUGGCUCCUCAUUGCUCCCUCUAUCAAACCUGUAGUAUCUGAUACUCAAGGCUGCGUUAAGCAAUACUUGCACUACCACCUGUCUGACCUGCUUCAUCUCUCCACCACAAAGCAGCUCUGAUUUGGGAGGAUGCCCUGGGGGCUUUGCUGGGACGUCGCCCCAUUUCAAAAACCGGAGCUCUGUGCUAUCUGCAAAUCGGCUCUUAAGCAGGAGCUGUGGGGAAACACGCCUUGGAGUGCUUGUUCUCCCGAAGCUGGCUCACGGCAGAGUAACCUCUGAGCUCGGACUCCUUGAAAGCGGGAGUUACAUGGAGCUGUGGCACCUCGGUGCAGCCGGAGCCCAGCCUGCCCUCGCUGUUGUGGUGCCCGUAACGGUGGCAGAAAUCGGGGGGAGUCCGCGUGCAGCUGGUGGUUUGGGAGCUGAAUUCCUCUUUGCUCAGUAAUUUCUCUGCCUGACCGUCUGAUCCUGUACAGUAAAGAUCCCUCUAUCGGCACUUUAAGACUUUUUUUCCUCAUCUUCACUGUGUUACCUCACUAGUUCCCCGAUAUUAGCAGACUUGUAACAAGUUAGGAUCUUCGCCCUGACAGCCCCUGCAAGGAAUCUCGGCAUGUGUGUUCGUCGGCUUGCACCCCACCGUCCCACCGCCGCGCGCUGCCGUCCGUCCAUCCUUC